GAUGAAAUCACUCUGCAUUUUAUAACUUUAAAUUUGAAAUAGUAUGUAUUUCAUUUAAAAAUAUUAUUGGUGUUUUUUAUUGCACAACUGAGAUUUUUUAUUAUUUUGCUAUUUCAAAGUCCAAUAUUGCUAAGGCAAUUUUAUUUCGAUACAUUUCAUUUCGAUAAAACUAAAAGAACCCAUAAACGCAUAAAGCAUUAGAAAUGGUGGAAACAGUAGUUACCGUUGAACGCACCACGACCACACAAACCACUGCACCAAGCGGUGGUGGCGGUCUGAGCGCUUUGAAAAUCAAUAUCGGAUACUUCACAACAGUGCCGGGAAUAUUGAAACUUGUACAAUUCGUGCUUGGCAUUAUCUGCAUGGCCUGUGCUUCACCUGCUUACGUUUCAGCUACAUCAUUCUUCCUAUUUGUGGCUGUAAUCUCAUUUAUUGCGACAAUUUUGUGGAUUUUUGCCUAUCUGUUAGGCAUUCGUGAGGCCCUGACUGUAGCUGUCAAUUGGAUAUUCACAGAACUGAUUAACACCGCGAUAUGCACCCUUUUAUAUUUCAUAGCUUUCGUUGUGCAAUUAGCCAAAUGGUCAGGCUAUCCGAAUACCUAUGGUUAUGGCUCUAAUAUUGCGGCUGGAGUCUUUGGUGUAUUCAUUUUCUUGGCCUACGCUGCUGGUACAUAUUUCCUGUAUUUGGCGCACAGAAGCGGUUCAAAUUAUUAAUUGAUAAAAAAAAAAGAGUCAAAAGAAUAAAAUUUUAAAUAAAAAAGAAAAAGAAAAUAAAUAAAUAAUUUUUUUUUCAUUUCUUCUUGUAAAACUUGCAAAAGAACAACCGAACAAUUUGAAAAGCUCGCCUCAUAAACUUGUAUGCAUACCACCAAAAGCACUGAGCACUUAACAUAACUUAACAUAACAUAAAUGGCGAAAUGAUGAAAUUUUGAAUAUUCAUACAAUAUGGCAACACUAUGAUGCUAAACGCACUUACAUACCAGCUCGUACGUAUAUACAUAUGUACAUAUAUCAUUGUGUACUCGUAUGUACAUAUGUUUGUGAGUUCAGCUCAUUGCCUGAAAAUAGUCAAAACAAAAUGAAUAUUUAAAUAAAAUAAUAAUCAUAGUUUUAAACAAUUUAUUGGUAGUUUAAAACAAAUUAAUGUUCAGUGAAAAUUUAUUUUUAAUUAUAGAUAUUAGAAAUAACUUUAAAUAAUCAAUAUCUAUGGCAAUAAAUAAUUCUAUUAGCUGCGCUGCCUUACACAAAUUUUUCAUAUUUAGUACCCACCUAAAAAAAAUGAAAAGUAAAAUUAAAAUAAAAUAAUAAACUCACUUUUGACUGUCAUUAAAUGUACAUAUUUCAAGCUUUUCUACUUUUAUAUGUAUGUGUGUCUACAACUUUGAAAAUGAUUAAAUGCACUAAAACUAAUUUCCAUACAUACAGACAUUAUUUGUUUUCAUAUUUGUCAUUGUUGUAAAAACGCAACUAAUUAAAAUGCAAAGAAUUGG